ACCAGAAUUUAACAAAGCGAACUCUCUGAUCAUCCUCACCGAAACCUUCAUAUUCACUUCAAUAUCUUAAUUUCUAUCAGACAUGCAUAUACAGUAGUGUCUACAUAUUGCAUAUUGAGCUGGUGCAGAAAGCCCUGUAUAAUUUCUUGGCAAAUUUUUUUUUUUUGGAUGAAUAUUUCCGGGGAAAUUCACACAAGCCAGAUGUCAACCAACAUCUCUAGCCAUGAUGGAGAUCUGGAGUCUCAGCAAGCGGUUUUGCUAAUACCCAGUAACACCCCAAGUACCCAUUGGAGCAGGAUUUAUCUCAUUCUUAGGGUGCGACUUCUCAUUCUUAGGGAGCGAAAUCGCAAAUUGAGAGCAGAUAGAGCCAACAAGGCUUCUCUUGCUCUUGACAGAUCAAGUACUUCAUCAUCUACUUCUUAUUACAGUAUCAUCAGCACCGAUGGCACAGCAGAAGCAGAUAUUAAAAGCAAAAGAGGGGAGGAAAUCUCGUCCGCAUCAAAUGAAGUUUCAAUAAAUGAAAAUUUGGAUGGGGCAAGUAAUGCAGAACUCCAACAAGAAAACAUAGCGAGAAUGGUAAAGGAGAAAGACCUAAAUUCCUUACAGAAUUUUGGAGGCAUCCAAGUAAUUGCAAAGGCUCUGGAUACUGAUUUAGAGAACGGAAUCCGUGGAGAUGAGCAAGACAUGCGCUCUCGACGCAUAGCCAGCACGCUCUCCACAGCACAUGCUCCUAAGCAAGGCUUCUUUCAAUUGCUCGUAACAUCUUGCAAUAGUUACAUUAUUGUCCUUCUGUCCGUGUCCGCAGUGCUGUCACUUGGCUUUGGAAUCAAGGAGGAAGGCUGGAGGACUGGCUGGGAGGAAGGAGUACUCAUAAUCGUUGCCAUCAUCAUACUUGUACUUGAUCCUUGGCUACGUGACUUCUGGCUCGAACAUUCACAGAAGACGUCACCAAAGCAGAAACCAUUGGAAUUAGUUCAAGUCUUCAGAGGGGGAUGCCCACAGAAAGUAUCCAUCGGUGAUGUUUUGGUGGGUGACAUAGUCUGCCUGGAGGGGGGAACUCAGAUCCCUGCUGAUGGCUUGUUCAUAUCUGGUGAGCAGCUUCUAAAACUAAAUUAUGAUGGUCUAGAGUCCACCAUCGAUGACAGGAACCCAUUUCUGUUCUACGGCGCAAAGGUGAUUGAGGGAACUGGUCGCAUGCUAGUGACAUCUGUGGGCAUGGACACCACAUGGGGUCAGUUGAUGAAACAGGUUACUCAAGCCCUCAACGACAAGGCCCCAUUACCAGCUAAACUUGACCGGGUGAGCACUGGCUUACAAAUUAUUGGGCUCUCAAUUUCUAUCCUCAUCCUUAUUGUGUCGUUCCUCCAAUUUGAGCUUGGAAAGGAAGAUUUUGGCUCCAACCACCCAGAUUUCAAGGGGAAACCAACUGCAAGUAAAGAGAUAAUGGACGCAAUCAAGAGAAUUGUCAUCAAACCAAAUGGGAAGACCAGUACCUUAACAACUUCACUUACUAUGUUGCUGGUUGGAGUAACGGAAGGAAUUCCUUUGGCAAUUACGCUCGCCAUCACUUAUUGGAAUAGGAAGAUGCUGUCUGACAAGGCCACUGCUCAAGAACCUUGGGCUUGUCUCACCAUGAGUUCAGUCACAACUAUUUGCAUUCACCCGCUGGAGGUUGACAUGUUCUGGACAGAAGAGACAAGAAAAGCAAUACAAGCUUGGACAAAUGCUGGAGUUAGUGUCAUACUUGUUUCAGAAGCUAAUGCCUCAGUGUUGGAAGGCAUAGCUCUCGAGUGUGGACUGCUCCCCAACUCAAAUAGAUUGGUGCUUGAAGUUGAAAACUUCCGAAACUACAGCAACGAGGAGAGGAUGAAUGAAGUAGAAAAAAUCACCGUGAUGGGAAGCUCCUCCCCUUCAGACAGGCUCCUUCUAGUGCAGUGUUUGAAAGAAAAAGGCCACAAAGUAGCAAUUGUUGGAGGCAAAAUAAAUGACAUUCCGGCCCUAAAGGAAGCUGAUGUGGGGAUUGUGAUAGAGAGUUGUAGCAGUGAAAUGGCCAGAGAAAGUUCUGACAUCAUCAUCCGCGACGGCGAUUUCAGUUUCUUGGUCACCAUUGUCGGGUGCGGAAGAUGUACUUAUGACAACAUUCGGAAGUAUAUCCAGCUUGAGCUUACCAUGAAUAUCGCAGGGCUGUUGAUAACCUCCAUCACAACCAUGUCCUGUGGAUAUUCUCCAAUUUCGGCAAUCCAAUUGCUUUGGGCUAACUUCAUCGUGACCCUUCUAGGUGGCCUUGCAUUACUGACUGAGCCACUGACAGAAAAACUGAUGGACAGGCCGCCACUGAGACAAAGUGAACCACUUAUCACCAAGGCUAUGUGGAGAAACGUAGUCAGUCAAGCUCUAUAUCAGGUUGCCAUCUUACUGACCUUCCAAUUCAAUGGGCAAGCUAUCCUGGGCAUCAGCAAGAAGGUGAGUAAAACCAUUAUCUUCAAUGGUUUCGUUCUCUGCCAAGUAUUUAACCAAGUAAAUUCAAGGGAGCUGGAGAAGAAGAAUGUUUUUAGGGGCAUUCAUCGUAACCCAUUUUUUUGGGUGGCGGUGGUUGUUAUUCUGGUGCUUCAGGUGUCUUUUAUUGAGAUUGCACAUUUCCUUACCGGCAACCCAAAAUUGAAUUGGUUGCAGUGGUUCGUCUGUCUUCUAAUUGGAAUGAUAUCAUGUGCUAAUGAUUGGGCUACAAAGUGGGCAGUAGGUUGCAUCAUGGGUUGGUUUACCGGACCAUUUUGCUCAAAUAUGGGAACCAUUAGCAUGACACCCUCUGCUCCCUCAGAAUCUGCAACUCUUGAGCUGCCACUAAUGGAAACUUGA